AGUUUGCUCUGAAAUGCCAUCAAGUAUGGACUAAAAUGACUUCUACUUCCUCUCAAUAUAUUUUCAACAAUAUCAUUAAGGACAAGAGGAAUUGAUACUUAAUUUUCCUACUCUAUUGAAACCUUUUUUUCCCUUUUCUCCCUUCAUCUUGUUUGCCUUAUAGCCUCUAUUCUUAUCCUUCCUACUUUAUUUCAUUAUAGGUUUUCCUUUUUUUUUCUUUCUUGUGUUUUUUUUUAAUACAACUUCCUGCAAAAAUUUAGCAAAGUUUAUCUCUCUUCUCUUCUUAUUUUUAUUUAAUCUUAUACCCGUCUAACUAUCUCAAUAGUUCCUCUUCUCAACAUAAAAAGAGGCAACAAACACUUAAAAAAUAAACAAGAUGGAUAUGCCAGACGAUUUUAUUGUAAAAUUGAUGCAAUUAAAAAUGAAAGUCAAAGAUCCAAAAUUGGAGAGUUUCCUGAAGAAUAUGGAAGAUAUUUACGAUAAGGAAACAGAUGCCAUGAUACAUUUUCUUAGUAGAAGUCGAACUGAAAUGCAACUUACAGCGAAUAUGAUCAGCAAACAACAAGAAGCUGAUAGAAUGGAAACGGAGAGAUUAGCUCUACAAUCUAGGCAAUCGAUGAUGAUGGGCAAUCAGAGGGACCGAACAUUUUCAGAAACUGUUAAUAGGAAGAAACAUACACCUCGAAUGUCUGAAAGCGUUUCUAUGCCGUCAAUAAGCCGUAUGUCGACUAUUUCUGGUAGGAAUACUGCAUGGAGUUCCGAUACACUUAGUUUUGAGAAGGAAACAAGCUCUGUCACUUCCAACGAAAAAGAUCCUAGGCAAAGAUGGAAGGAGAAAAAAGCCGCUAUUAGAAAAAAACAAUUAGAACAAGAAGUAGUCGAACAAAUGAAACAAAGGAAACAAGUUCGAGAAUUCUUGGCAACUCCUCGACCUCCAACUAGAAAUGGAACUCUACCAAAUAUUAAAGAUAAACCUCCAAAUAUGUCAAGACAAAUGACUCUUCUUUCACGUGAAUCUUCAAUGGUCUUACCAGGAACUCCGGAAGUAUGGAAGAAAAAGACCGACGACGAUGUCGACUUAGAAAAAGAAUUCGCAGAAGAAAAGGAAGCUAUCUUAAGAAAUAUGCAAGUUCAUGAAUCAAAAGUUCAGAAUGAAAGAGCAAGACAAUCUCAAAUAGUACAAAUGAUGAAAGAGAAGAGAAAAGCGAAAAAAGAAGAGGAAGCACAAAAAGCAACAGAACUUCUGCAACAGGCCGAUGAUGUUGAGAAGACGUAAGUAUAACACUCAUAGUUUAUGAUAUAGGAACUCUUAACCGACUGAUCAAUAAUUCAAUUUCCUCCGUCCGAGUAUUGGUUUAUCUUCUCAGUUCUUUCACGUAUGAUAUUAUUCUUGAUCCCAAAGACAUUUCACAAAUUAUUAAUUACGUGUUGCUCGCUAAAACAUAAAAAAAAACUUAAAAUUUAUUGAUUAAUGGCUUUCAUCGAUUCCCUUUAGACAAACCGAAGGCAAGAAUAGACAAUGGAACAAACUUAAAGAAAAAUUAGAAGAAAAGAAGAAAAGAAAGAAGAAGAAAAAAGAGGAAAAGCAAAAAAAGAAACAACUAGAGGCAAGCGCUGAUGAUGAUAUUGAUAACGAAGAAGUGAAAGCUAAUGGGGAAGCUUCCAAUAAGGACGAGCAGAGAAUUGAUGAUAUUCUUGACGAACUUGAUCAAGCUAUACAAGAAUCUCCUGAGGCUGAAAAAUCUAAGAAAAAGCGAAAGAAAAGCAAGAAGGAUAAGGAAAAGAAGAAAAAGAAGAAAGAUAAAAAUAAGGAAUUUGAGCAAGAAGAGAAUGUUGAAUCAGAAGCUUGAAAAAUAUUUCGAUGAGGAAAACAAUGAACGAGUCGAUAGGUCAUUGUCUAACGGACGUCACUUGGCGACGGUGACAACAAAUAGAAAAGUUGUCGCGCUUCUGCAAAAUCAAUUAUUGAACGAUGUAUUGCAGUUGGUUUUUUUUCUUUUUUUUUACUUAUGUUAUUUUUAACUAAAAACAAAGUAUUUGCAAUUUUUAUAUUGUGUAAUUUCGCACCUCUUGACAUAUUGUAAUUUACAGCUAUAAAUUGGUUGGUAAGAGCAACAGGUUUAAAUUGUAGAUCAACUGUAUGCCAGUUGCUGCUACUGCUGCUUGAAAAGAAAAAUGUAUGGAAUAAAUGGAUGUUCUAGACGUUCAUUGAAUCCUUUAGUUCUCUCCUAUUAUAUCCCCCUCCUAUAUAAUCGACAUCCGCUAGAAAAAAAAUUUGUUGCAGUAUUUACAUUGCGAAUGCAUAUGAACAAGUAAUUAUAUACCCAUUUCUGGUUGUACAUCUAUUAUCCGCUUGUGAUAUAAGUAAGAAACUUAUACAGUUUACAAUUUACAUUAUGCUCUAUGUAUUUAUUUGUUCAACUCCUUCUCUUUGUAAGAGUGAAGAUGUUAUUGUUGUUAAAGAUUUAAUACUUUAGCCUUUAUGUUAAUAUCUUGUACAAUUUUAAAUAAAUAUGUAACUCAUUAUUAUUAUUAAAUUAAUAAAUUAAUUAAGAA